CCCGGGAGAUGGCAGCUUCUAUCUGGCCAUAUAAACAGAUGAAUUCAAUCAGUCUUCCCCCUCUUCCGCAACCACCACGAGGGCUUUUUACCCCGCUAGGGCACGUUUGCGUGCACAAGGUCUUUAACUUACCGCUUUCUCUCUUGUAGAUCAUGAUUCGCACACCCAAGCCACCGUCAGUGCACAGUCUCGACGUUAAUGAUCCUCUUUCGGCCAUUCUACGUCCUUCCCCCACGGAGUCCGAACAGGACCGUCAGACGAGGCUUCGCUUGGAGGCUGAGGCGAAACGUGUCAGCGACCGCAUCGACGAACAGCUCAACCAGGAUCGAGAGAGAUUCAAGAAAAGCAAGCAGGACGUCAAGCUUCUGCUUCUCGGUCAGGCCGAGUCAGGAAAAUCCACCUUGCAGAAGCAAUUCCAGCUACUGUACAAUCCAACUUCGCUUGACGAAGAGCGGUUGUCAUGGCGCGCCGUCAUCUACUAUAACAUUGCCCGCCCUGUACGACGGAUCCUGGACGCUCUCGACGCAUACGGCGACCUAGACGAUGACGGAGGAGAUGAUUUCUCCUUGGAAAUCGACUCAAAAUUUGGCACACCAAGCACGGCCAGACUUUCUUCACCAAGUCCCGGUUUCAAUGGCAACCCGCUUGAGCAGACAUCGUCUUCGAUAUUAGCCCCCUCGAUCAAAUCUGAUUAUGAAGCGCAGCUUACGCAUCUACGAGAUAGAUUGUCACCAUUGCUUAAUGCGGAAGCAUCGCUAGCAGAACGACUUUCCGGCGGCGUCGAUGUUUCUGGGUCCGGCAAGGGCAAUGUGUUUGUGCGUUCUGGUUGGCAGGCACGAUCACUCCUUGGAAAAUCAACGAAAGGCCACAACGACACUGGCGGUCGCUUCAGCUUUACCGGUCAGCGUAGUUCGUUGGAGAACUCCUCAUCGCGGAUGGGUAACCGUGAGAUCACGCCAGAGGGACACGAUGUCCUUAUUGAGGAGAUUGCGUCGAUCUUACUCUCUUGUAAAGACGAUAUCCGGGAACUCUGGGAGCAUGCUGCUGUACGGAGACUCCGAGACAGACGGAAGUUACGUUUGGAAGAAUGGGCUGAAUUCUUCCUCGAUAACAUCGAUCGCGUCGCAUCUAGCGGUUACAUUCCAACCAUGGACGAUAUACUGCAUGCACGAAUUCAAACCAUGGGUGUGGCCGAGCACAUCUUUGAUAUGUCCGUUCAUGGUCGCACCGUAACAUGGCAUCUUUAUGAUGUCGGAGGUGCCAGAGGACAACGGCAUACGUGGAUACCAUAUUUCGACGAUGCGAACGCUAUCAUCUUCUUAGCACCCGUUAGCGCGUACGAUCAAUACCUGGAUGAGGAUCCACGGACAAACAGGAUCGAUGAUUCUCUUCAGCUGUUUACGGAUAUUUGCUCGAAUCAAUUAUUGAAGAAAGUCCACCUAGUCCUGUUCCUCAAUAAGACUGAUGUCCUGCAAAACAAACUUGAACGAGGUAUUAAGGUCAAGAAAUACAUUACUUCGUAUGGUGACCGACCAAUGGAGUUCGAAGCCGUGGUGAACUAUUUCAAAGCUCAUUUCACUCAAGUACACAAGAGGAACAACGAGAACAAACGCGUGCUCUACACUCACCUUACCAGUGUCGUUGUAAGUGUGGUCAGUUUUCUGCUUAGUCUUCAGUCUUUAACACGGGAAAUGUGUUGCGCUUAGGAUACCAAGGCCACAAAGAGCAUCAUCACCAACGUAUCCGAUUCCAUAUUCCGUAAAUACCUGGCAGACGCUGCUCUCGUUUAACGCUUCUCUCCCUACCACACACACGCACACACUCUCCGUAUCCUCCCUGUCUCCAUUGCAUUGUAUUGGUUUCAUCCCUUUGUUGUCGUAGUAGAUCAUCCCUCCUUUUAUUCGUUCGUUAUUGUUGUAGCGGGAUUGGCAUCGUCCCAUUUUUAAUUCGUUAGGACCAGGAUUUCUCGUCGCUUUCCCUUUGGAUGUUGUUGAUGUAUUUGUUUGACUGUAUUACACUAGCUGGACUUGCAUUAUUCUGUAUACUGUCAAUGGCUGGUUGGUCGGAUCGGGAAACACUGUUUCUGUUGUAUUAACAUUUAAGUGAGCUAGAGAAGCAUCAAGUGUCCUACCAGACGUUGUUGUACAUUUGGAUCAUGAAGCAGUGCUACUGCAUCGAUAUAGCAUCCAGAGGUUAUCGG